AUGAUGCUGGCAGCUGGAUGUGCGUGCAGUUUCUCUCGCUCUCUUUUGCACUGGGAUAGGGCGCGUUUGCCCUGUCGUGAUUGCCCUUACGGGAUUGCUCUUUGGUUUAAAGCCUGUCUUGUGGUUUACGCUCGGCCGUUGGGGCCGGGGCCCGGGAAACGCAAGAGGCUGGGUUCUUCGUAUGCAGUCGACAGGCCUGUUCGCGCCAGGUCGUUCGUUCUUGGGACGAACAGACUCGCAACGUGCAGCGAGUGA